AUGGGAAAUGAUCAUUUGAAUUAUUUUACAAAUUAUUCCAACAAAAACAUUGAGUAUCUUAAAAUAACAUGUUUGAAAAAAUCGAAAAAUAAUAACAAUUUUCAUCCAAUUUGUCAAAUUUAUUUGAAUUUUCAUGUGAAAAUAUCAAAUUUCGAACAAGUAAAUUUGAAUUUUCUGUCGAAAAAUUCGAGUUGUUUAUUAUCAUCAACAGAUAGAGAUAAUAUUAUAUUUCUCAAUAUUCAUCAAAUUUUCUUAGCUGAUGAUAAAUUUCGUUUUACUUAUCAAUGGUCAAAUUUUGAACAAGAAAAAUUCUUUUCAUGGUCUCAAUGGCCUUUAACAAUAACAUGUUUAAAUUCAGCUUUAAAUAAUUUACUUGAAAAUAAAAAUCAAUCAUCACAAUUAUAUUUCAAUUCUUUUCAAUGUUCUUCUCUAGAUAUUUUAAUUCAUUCAACAUCACGAGAAUUAUAUAUUAGAGAACAAGAAGCUGUUUCAUAUUGGCUUGAUUUACAAAGUAAUGUGUCAAUAUAUGAAAAAUUUUCAGAUAAAAAUAAUAAUUCAAUAAAAGCAAGACGGUUAGCUCCAUUUGAAUUAGCUAAAAAUAGUCAAGUAUGUUCAAAUAAAUUUCAAAAUUGGAUUUUAAAUUAUCAAAAAUGGCAUGAAAAUAUUAGUUUGGCUAUUAGUAAUCGAUCGAUGACAGUUGAAGAACAAUUGCAACGUAUAACUGAACUUAAUGUUCGAUUUUUAAUCUAUAAAAAACAUAUAACUGGUAUUGCAGAUCGAACAACUCAUUUAAUAUCAAGUUAUCUGGUAGCUUUAUUAACAAAUCGAUUAUUUAUAUUUGAUAACAAUUGGUCAGAAUUUAUAGACGCUAUGCAAUCAAGCUUAAAUUAUCAACAAGAACUGAUUAUUCCUUGGUUUUCUCAAUUUGAUCGGAUGAAGAAAAAUUUAUCUUUAAAUAUUCAAAAGAGUUUAACAAUCCAAGAAUAUAGAUGGUUUUCUUUGGCUCGGUAUACUAGCGAUUAUGAUUAUGAAAAAAAUUGUCCUGAACGUAUUCUUAUAUUUACAGGACGGAUAGGAGGUGUUGUACAUAUGAUUACAUCAAAAUCAAGUCUUUAUAGAAAAUUUUUAACUAUUGAUCUUGAAAUGAAUCCAGAAAAUAUUUUUGGAUGUCUUUAUAAUUCUCUAUUUACUUAUCGUUUAUCUCAAUUGAUUAAACAAGUUCCAUUAAUUUCUUCAAAUAACCAAUCAGAUCAUUCACCUCAACAAAUUUUACAAACACUCUUAUCACCGAGAUUUUUUCCUAUUGGAAUGCAGAUUCGUGCGGGAGACGAAACAAUCACUGGAAAAAGAAAUUUUUCAGAUGAAAAAACAAUUCUUAAAAAAUUUGAAAACUUUUUUACAUGCUCUCGACAAAUAAUUAAUACAAAUAAGAAAUUAUUUCGUGAAACAAAUCAAAUUCCAAUUAUUUUUCUUUUAUCUGAUGAUUUUCAAAUACGUCAAGCUGCUUUAAAACGUUGGAAAUUCUCAUUAGAAUGUUUUCAAUCAUUUGAAAAUAAUUGUCAAUGGAAUAAUAAUGAUUUAUAUAUUUUAACAAAUUCCGAUCCAGUUUUUCAUAUAACUUAUACAACUAAUCAAAGAUUAGCUUUUCAAUUAGGAAUAUUUGAUCAUUUUCUUUUUAGUUUAUGUGAACAACAUUUAAUUACUACAGCGAGUGGAUUUGGUCGAAUUGCAGCUUUUGCAUCUUUAAAAUUACGAAAUAUUUAUUCAUUGUUUCUUGACGAACAACCUUCUUGUGAUAAUCAAAGUUUACCACUCGCAGUUUCAGGUCAUCAUUAUUCAGGAAUAUAA